AUGUUGCCUGAAGGCGGAGAAGUGAUGCGGCGCGUGGCGUGCGGCGACGUGUGUCCCGCGCCGCCCGCGCCCCCCCCGCCCGACCACAGGACAUCAGAAAACAAAGAGCUGUUGCGCCAACAACUACUAUCAACGAGUAAAGAGCGUCUCGAAAAGCAGGAGUCUCCAAAGCCGAAACACGCCCGUAACAGACAGAAAAACCGUUGGAAGCUCAAGUUCCAUCACCAAGCUUUGCCACAGGAAUACCUCGAUCACUACGAGCAAAGUUUACAGAAAGAGAACGCGAAGCAAGUGCAGCAAAAGCAACAGAAGCCCCCAGAGAAGACCAAAGCCGAGCCUAACAUUGACAUCAACAAUUUUACUAAUGAAACCUUUAAGAUCUGGGCGCAAAGACUAGCUGGUAUUCAGAAUGAGUCAGGAACAUUAACGGUGCCACAAGUGUCGUCAAUGCUCAAUAUGGCAGCUAAACCACCAACUAAGUCUGAUGAAAAGAAAAAGAAAAAUCCCGCUAUAGCUCCUAGCAGAAUUGUAACCUAUGACGACCUACCGUAUAUGGGAGAAAUGACCCUAAACAACUCGAAGCCCAGGAGAGGAAGGAAGCCGAAGAAAGCUGACAUAUGCCACUUAAUUUAUGAAAACUAUGGAACUGUCGUGCCAGGACAGCCACCGCCCGCGCAGGAGAAAGUGAAUCCUCUAAACAUGUGUCCUCCUUACAGGAGUGGUGAUAAUCCGCCUUUAAGUAGUCCUAAAACCGACUUGCAGAAUAAAAUUAUCUCAAGUCUACUGGAGAGAAAAUUGUCGCAGGAGAAUAAAAAGCGACUAGAAUCUCUGACACCUCCCAAGUUCAAUAGUCCAGAUGAGCCCAUGCCGGAGGCCCCGAUUACCAUCGCAGGACCACUGCACAGCGACGAGGAACCCCUAAACCUUUGUAUAAGGGACCUGCACGACCUAAAGUUACAGAUACAGAAAAAAUUCGGCAACAUUUACGCAUCCCUACCUGAAGUUAAGACUGAAGUCGACACUGAAUCAUCAGAACAAGAUGGUGCAAGUGCUGAUCAACCCCCUAACGCAAUAUCUGUGAUACAGAGGAAUACAAACCUAGUGUCUACGACGGCGAGCAGUUCUCCCGAUUUGUCAAGGCCUAACCGACCAAUUUCACCCGCCUUAUCAGAGCCAGCCCAGGGAACCGUAAGCCAGGAAGGCGACGGAAAAUUUCCACUCGUGUACUGGCCUAACGCUGGCAUCUACAUGCACCCCUUAGCCUUACAAACACAGUUGCUUUAUUACCAAAGAUUGGCAGCUGCGGGACAAUUGCCCAUUUCUGCCGACGAUCCCAACCGUGGUCCUUCUACACCGAAUAGUGUCAGCGAGCUCUCGGAGAACUCCUCAACGUUAGACGAUAACAAGAAUAAACUGGUGCUUAAACAAAUCUCAGAACUGCUCGAUCCUAAAGUUAUUAAACAAGUUGAAGAAGCCAAGCGAAGUCCUGACCAGACAAAAAUGAAAAGAACAUCACCGAAUCCAGUUCAGGGUCCAAUCAAGAGGAAAAGAUCAGCAAUUUUUAUUCCUCCAAUACCCACUAAAACUAACUCCACAACGCCAACGACCGAAGUCAGUAUCUGUAAGUUUAAGUUCACAGGGGGAUCAAAACCAUCAUUACAAGAGAAAAAAAUGUUGUCUGUCGAUUCUGGCGGCAAUUUUAGGUACUACAGUGGCACAGGAAAUAAGGGGAACAAAGGUUACGACUACCUGCAAAGAAAUUCUAACCAAAGCAUAGACACCGCGGGCGAAUCAUCAGCGUCUGCGCCAAAAAACGACAGUCAGAGUUCUGCUUCCAGCAAAGAAGAAUUGAGUAAGAAGAAAAGGAAGUCGAGAAAAAGUUUACAGAGGGAAAAACUUGAGCAAACUUUUAAAGAGAAAGGUUUUCUGAUCCAGACACAACAAUUACAAUCGGCCGAAGGUGCGACGUAUUGUAAAUUCCGACAACUGAGAAAGUUCACGAGAUACCUGUUUAGGAGUUGGAAGGAUUACCUUCCAGGAGAGUUAGAAGAGAAUCAAAAUAAUGUAAAGAAUGCCGAGCAACCUUCGCCAACAAACGACGGCGCUGCAGCUGGUGAAUGGGGGUGA